AUGUUGAGCCACGCAGUUGUAGAAGCUCUCUAUUAUGCGAAUUAUGUUAACAACUACCUCGACUGUAUUGAAAAUUUUCCAAACGACGUUCAACGAUUUGUUUCACGGCUUCGAGAAUUGGAUUCAACAUGUCAAAUGUAUUUGCGAGAAGUGGAUCAACAACAAGACCUCUUGACAAAAAAUGAUACGGAUGUCGUAAGCAGAAGAAGAGCUCUUACACGAGUCCAACAGGCUCUUAUUGCUGCUCAAGAAAUUGGUGAUGAAAAACUGCAAAUCGUUCAACAAAUUCAAGAUCUCAUAGAGGUUAAAUCACGCCAACUCGAUCAAGAUUUUCGCGAUGUGGAUUUCAGUAAAGAGCAAGAAACAAAUGAGCCGAAAUGUGAAACUAACACUAAUACAAAUCCAAGUACACCUAGUAAUUCAAAUAACGUUGAACGUCAGCCAAAACGAGCUCGUAGAACUAGAACUGAAGCUUUAGUUGAAUCUGCACACGCUAUGGAUAUGAUUGCAAUAUCUGAAAGUCGAUCAGCAACUCUAGCGAGUACAAGUAACGGUAAUCAAAAGAAAGCGGCAGCUACAGCGGCUGGUAAAAAGAAAAAACGAAAAUCUCGUCAAGGAAAUCAACAGAAUCAGCAGCGAGAAGAUACUCCACCACCUCCAGAUGAUGACAUAGCCAUUGAUCCUGAUGAACCAACUUAUUGCUUAUGUGAUCAAAUAUCUUACGGUGAAAUGAUUCUCUGUGACAAUGACUUAUGUCCAAUUGAAUGGUUCCAUUUCUCUUGUGUAUCAUUAAGUACUAAGCCUAAAGGCAAAUGGUUUUGUCCAAAGUGUCGGGGUGAUCGGCCAAAUGUAAUGAAACCCAAAGCUCAAUUUCUAAAAGAGCUAGAACGAUACAACAAGGAAAAAGAAGAAAAAUCGUAG